CACUAAUUGGAUAAGAGACAGGAAAAAAGCAAAACCCUGCAGGAAAGGCUUUUCCAGAAGCCGAGAUUCUACUAAAUCAUGGCAUGCAACCAGUCCAAUCACAGCAACCAGUUCUCAAGCCCAGAAAUUAACCUUAUCAUCAAGCUCACCUCUCCCCUCUCCACAGUCAUAAUCCUUGCCAACCUUCUCAUCAUCAUAGGCAUCAUUUACAACCGGAAGCUACACAACACCCCCAAUUACUUCUUCCUCAGCUUGCUGUUUGCCGACCUAUGUACGGGACUGGCUCUACCUUUCAUUCCCAGCAUGAGCCUGGAACGGUACAUGAAAUUCAGCAAUUGCCUCAUCCUGCACAUUGUCCCCAACUUCCUCUUCUUGUCCUUCCUCUUCAACUUGGUCAUGGUGCAUUACGAGCGUUACUUCUGCAUUGUCCAUCCUCUGCAGUAUAGUAACUUCUGGGUUCACCGCUACGUCCCUUUGGCUUUACUGACCGUCUGGAUCCCGCCCCUCCUUUAUGCCUCCUUGCCUGCUUUUGGGUGGAACAAAAGAUCUCAAAACCAGAGUUGUGAAGAUUGCUCCUACAAGGAUGUCUUCCCUCGUGAAUUCAUCUACCUUGAGGUCUACGGCUUACUGAUCCCGGCCAUAUUGGCCAUCAUCUUUAUGACCGUCAGGGUGCUGUGGAUCACAAGGUCACAGAUGAAGGACAUCUGCAAGCUCCACAGGUCUGUGCAAGGCGAUGUGCCCUCGGACAAGGAGCACAGGAUGAACAUGCGCUAUGCUAAGUGUGUGGCUGUUGUGUCUUUGACUUUCAUGGUCUGUUGGGUACCUUACAUUGUCUACGUGAAUGUCUCAAUCCUUGCUCUGUGGCAGGGCAAGGGGGAAUACAGCACAGAACCCCAAACGCACAUCAUUCUCUCCUGCACUGGGAUAGGAAGCAUGGCUAUAAUACCAGUGGUCUUAGGGGUUGGGAACCGGCAAUACACAAAGCCCAUUAGAAAAGGUUUAAGAAAAUUUUGGGACCGCUGCAGAAUGGGAAAUGAUGCAAAGGAUUUUACUAAUGUUGAGGUAGUUUAGGACUGAAACAACAGUAUUAUAGCUGACGUGGUAAGGUGGCUUCUUACUGGGUUAGCAUAGGAGUCUUUUUA